AACGAACGGAGCCGAGUUUUGCCGAGCAGAAACGAACCGAGUCGGAAAGGAUCGAAUGACUGGUGCGCAUGCGUGGUUAAACUAUGUGCUUCCGGUGCAAUGUCACCGUGAAAGAAAAGCAAGAAGAACAUAAUGGGCACGCCGUGGAGAAUGGCCCAUAUGUUGGCCACCAAACUGGCCCUUUUCCCAGGACCCGCUGCCUGCCAGGUUUGUCGGCAUGCCAGUCGAGACGCAUACGGGUGGAUGUCACAGAGGUAUUCUGAUUCACAUCCAAAACAGAGACAACAGGAAGACGUGUUCGAAGAUGACCAUGAUAUGGAUCCGGCAGAAGCCAAAAUGAACUCUAUCAUUAGUGAAGAGAGGAGAAGGCGUAAGGCAGCAAAGUUUCACAUCAUCAAGAGAAAAAUGAGCAGUCCUGGAGCCCCAGAGAGAAGACUCAACUGGGAUGCUAUUCAGCAGAUAAGGUACUUAAAGCAGGAGUCACCAGAGGAGUGGACACUAGAGAGAUUAGCAGCAGGUUUCUCUGUGAGCCCUGAUGUCAUUUCCAGAGUCCUCCGCGGCAAAUUCGUCCCAUCAGCGGUUCGAAAGCUAAAACAAGACUCGAAAGUCUUAGCUAAUACUGCGCCACAGUUUCUCAGAGAUGGCAAAACCGAACAGUCCGGACUGUCAAAGACCUCAGCACCAGCCAUUCUCUCCUCUGGAAACACAGGUGCCCUAACAGCACGGAGUACGGGAGCGCUCGCACUGAGGGACACCGACACUAGACUCGUGCCCUCUAGUGGUAGCGUACUACCAUCUCAGCUAUCAGCGACUCCUGCUUUACAAGAGCAGCCUGACUCUGCAGCUGAUAUGGACAUGAGGGAUGAUUCAGAGUCAGAUGAGGAAUGGGAUGGAGUGAUUCUGACCGAGGAAGAACUAGAGCACUUUGUACAAACACUGAAGGAAAAGCCCAGUCCAGUGGAACAGAAGGGAAGAGAGUUUUUUGACAGUGAAGGUAACUUCCUGUAUAGAAUUUGAGUGGCUGCAAGCCAUACAUGUUGAAAAACACUUGUUGCUCAAGUCUAGGCUUGUUCUUGAAUGAAUAUUACUUAGUUAUAGUUUGUAUAUAUGGCACAUUUUACAGUGCCUACCCUUUACAUUUCAUUUUUUUUUUUUUUUUUUUGUACAAAACCACAAAGCAGAAAUAAAUAACACAACAUUAAUGGGACAAAUCAAUUUAUUUCUCAAACAAACAGUUCUAUUCCAAAUAUACAGAGCAAAAAUAAAAGAUAAAGUCGGAAUUGCUGUAUAUGUACAGAGCUUCACAACUAAUAUAUACAUUAAUUUUGCACAGCAAGAAAAGUGUACCACCUCUUAUAAAUAAAAUCACUGCCACAAUGGA